UAUCGCUUCUACCAUCACGACUGAGCAAAAAAGGUCCCAGAAAAAACCACCCAGUACACAAUCAUUGUCAAUCCCUUUCGGAAUCAAAAUUCGGAAAAAGAUAUCCCCAUCUCAAAUCAUCAAGCACGGAGAGAAAAAUGGACGUCAGACUGCUGGGCUUAGACGCUCCACUGGUUAACGCCCUCCACCACCUAAUUGACGCCGCGGAUGAUGGAGACAAGAUUGCCAAUGCACCCACAAGGACCUACGUCCGAGACGCCAAGGCCAUGGCCGCCACCCCUGCCGACGUGAAGGAGUAUCCCAAUUCCUACGUGUUCAUUGUGGAUAUGCCCGGGUUGAAAUCGGGGGACAUCAAGGUUCAGGUGGAGGAUGACAAUGUGCUGGUUGUCAGCGGAGAGAGGAAGAGGGAAGAGGAGAAAGAAGGUGCCAGGUACGUGAGGAUGGAGAGGAGGGUCGGCAAGUUCAUGAGGAAAUUCGUGCUGCCGGAGAACGCCAAUACCGAUGCAAUUUCUGCUGUUUGCCGAGAUGGGGUAUUGACUGUCACCGUCCACAAAUUGCCCCCUCCUGAGCCUAAGAAGCCCAAGACUAUUGAGGUCAAGAUUGCUUGAAGUUGGAAGGUCCAGCUUUACUGUUGAAAGAUUUAUCUUCUGUUUUGGAUAUAUAAUUAUGUCUGGCUUCUAAGAUCAGAUUUGGAAUUGUGCUGUACCACUUAGUAUAUGACUUCAUAUGGAUCAUCAUGUUUAGGCCUCUUGUUAACGUUCCUUGUUUUUAUGGGCUAAAUUUUCAGUGGUGCAAUAAAGUAUUCUGUUGUUUUCAAUAACCUGUGCUGCUGCUGUUGUCCUCUCGAAUGAGAAGUCCUUGACAAUUGA